CACAUGCCAAUUCACACAAAUUGGGUCAAAGCAAUCCAUGGAAACAAAAGAUAGAACAUAGGAGCAGUGAGGAUGUAUAGCCUUGCACCUAUCAAUUUAGUUCCAUCUCUAUCGAUACACUCAUGUCUAUUUCUUCCGUUACCAUCCUUCAUAAUCGCACGGCUCUUCCCAGUUGCAGCAAUUUCCUCCUCUGCUAUGUCGCUUCUCGUACUUCCCAUUUCGGUUUCGUCUCCAUUGCAGCUCGACAAAACCCUAAUAGUUACAGGAAGCAGCCGCCCCGCAAGAACCUCCUCAGAGCAAAGGGUAGUGUAAGGGAAUUAUCAUCUCUAUCUCCUCUUCUUUCUUUGGAGAAUCGCCUGUUCUCAUGCCGAACCAGGCCAUCGGAAUGUUGCUGCUGCCCAUGCCAAUUUCACGAGAGUUAUCGUCGAGUCAGCCGGUCCAACUCUUGAAAAUGCUAGCGAACCUGAGGAACCGGCCGUUGGAGUUGAAUUGCUAUGCGUGGUUAGGGGUCUUUUCAAAAAGGAUCAAGAGGAAGGUUUUGGUUGGGGAUAAGGUGUUAGUAGGGUCCAUCGAUUGGGUGGACCUUAUAGGGAUGAUCGAAAAUGUUUACUAUAGAAGUUCGGAAAUCCUCGAUCCUCCAGUCGCUGAUGUUGAUCAUUCGUUGGUGCUUUUCUCAAUGGAGCAGCCGAAGCUUGAGGCAUUCUCACUCACCAGGUUUUUGGUCGAGGCUGAGUUGGUUGGGAUUCCUCACGCUCGUUCUUAACAAAUUGGAUCUAGUCAAUGAAGUUGGAUCUUGUCGAGAUGAGGUUUCGGAGUUGGCUCCCUUGCAAGACUUAAUCUGCCAUGUUCCCUUUCAGAUUCAGACAUUCCCAAGAAUCAGAUCAGUUUCUUCGCCCUAAUAAUUCCUCCUAACCUGUUUGAGAGAGGAUUUGAAGAUUCACAAUCUUACAAUCUCUUAACUACGAGAUCAGAACUUCCAUAUCAAAAGUUUUCAGGGACAAUCAGAAAUCUAUACACAAGAGGAGAGAAAGAGAGGUUUGGUCGAAAUAUGAGGGGGCGUAGAUUCACACAGAGAGGAGAGCUUUAGAGAGAGAGAGAGAGAGAGAGAAAGAGAAAGAGAGAGAAGAAUUAGGGAUGACUUGCUGUCACCGUCACAGGCCGUGUUCGAUAAAAGGAGAGAAAAACGUUUCAAUGAUUCCGAUCAUUUGUGGUUAAAUCCACGGUUAUCUAUGAAAAACGUUUUGAAAACAUUGUUUACACGUACGUUCCGCGACGUUUUUUUGCCAUAGUAAUAAUAAUAAUGAUAAUUAAAGUUUUGAUUUGGAUCGAUUGAAUAAAGCAAGUUCAAACCAAACCCUAACCCUUGGUUGGACCAAUACAAAACAGCAAAACUACUGCCGCUCCAGAGAAUUGUCCAUCUUCUAGUUCUAGCUAGUUCAUCACAGAAGCACGAAGUAGAGGCAACAUCCAUGGCGGAGCUAAAGCUAUCAGAGAGCAAAGACCUUACUCGAAUAGAGCGGAUAGGUGCACAUUCUCACAUUCGCGGACUAGGGUUGGACUCAGCCCUAGAGCCAAGGGCCGUGUCGGAGGGCAUGGUUGGACAAGCCCCCGCACGCAAGGCCGCGGGUGUGAUCCUCCAGAUGAUCAAAGAAGGAAAAAUCGCCGGUCGAGCUGUCCUCCUUGCCGGGCAGCCCGGCACCGGAAAGACUGCCAUUGCCAUGGGCAUGGCAAAGUCCCUUGGCCAAGAAACCCCCUUUGCUAUGUUGGCUGGCAGCGAGCUAUUCUCCCUCGAGAUGUCCAAGACCGAAGCCCUAAUGCAGGCCUUCCGUAAAGCUAUAGGCGUACGGAUCAAGGAGGAGACCGAGGUCAUCGAAGGAGAGGUCGUUGAAAUCCAGAUUGAUCGCCCCGCUGUUUCUGGUGCUGCUUCGAAGACUGGCAAGUUGACCCUGAAGACGACGGAGAUGGAGACCGUGUACGAUCUUGGAGCAAAGAUGAUUGAGGCUCUGGGUAAGGAGAAAGUUCAGAGUGGAGAUGUCAUUGUUAUUGAUAAGGCUUCUGGGAAGAUUACAAAGCUUGGCAGAUCAUUUGCUAGGUCCAGGGAUUACGAUGCCAUGGGUCCACAGACUAAGUUCGUGCAGUGCCCUGAUGGGGAGUUGCAGAAGAGGAAGGAGGUCGUGCACUCCGUCACACUUCAUGAGAUUGAUGUUAUCAAUAGCAGGUAGGCUCGCUGCAGUUUUUU